AUGCCACUUUCUCCCGAGGACAUUGUCAGGGAUUACGUUACAGAUGGAAUCAUCGUCGAGCCCAAUCCGGCGUGGCCGCAACGAUUCUCAGACACCAAAGCCCGGAUUGAAGCUGUACUAGGCUCGACCGCGGUCGCCAUUCUUCAUUUCGGAUCCACCAGUAUUUCAGGUCUGCCGGCAAAGGAUAUUAUCGACAUCGAUCUGGUCGUAAAGGACAUCAAGGACGAGGACUCUUACGUUGAGGCUCUCGAGCGCUUGGGCUUCCUAUUCCUCCUGCGUCAGCCGGACUGGCAUCAAACUCGCUUUUUUGUUGACCAAGGAGACCGCCCUGGUGCAUAUCCUAUCCAUCUCCACGUCUUUGGGCCGGAUUGCCCUGAGGUCGAGAGGCACCGGAUUUUCCGCGAAUGGCUCUCAAAGUCCCCAGAGGACCUGCAGCUAUAUGCGACAGUCAAACGUGAGUGUGCUGCAGCUUCCGAAGCAGCAGGCGAGUCAAUGAAUGAAUACACCCUGCGAAAGGAGAAAACAGUACGAGAGAUCUUGAACAGGGCAUUCCGCGAUCUGGGCUAUAUUGAGUGA